AUGACUCUGAGCAACAAUGCGUCUGCGCUCUUUGACCCUGCGGACUCUGGCUUCGACUAUCGCAACGACAAGGUACGAGGUGUCAAUAUCGGCAACUGGCUUCUCUUCGAACUGUGGAUGAGUCCUUCCCUCGCCAACACCCUCAAUAGCCGAGUGGAGAACGGAAAAUACGGAGACAUUGUUGACGAAUGGACAGCAGCACAGCACAUGUCUUUCAGCUCGCUUCAAUCUGUUCUGACAAAGCACUACGACACCUGGUUCACGGAACAGGAUAUGGCUGACAUUGCUGCUGCCGGCCUGAACCACGUAAGACUUGUCAUACCAUACUGGUCGUUCAAGGAAGCCGUGGGACCAAAGGCCCCUUACUACACUUUCAAUCAAUUCGCCAAGGCAAAGCAAGCAGUACAGUGGGCCAAGAAGUACAACCUCAAGGUGUGGAUCGACUUGCACGGCGUGCCUGGAUCUCAAAAUGGCUACGACAAUUCUGGCAGAUCGGGACCCAUUCACUGGGCUAACGAUGCAGACUAUUAUCGAAGGACCAAAGUGGCGUUGAAGAAGCUCAUCGAUGAAUUCACUCAACCAGCUUACCGCGGCACCGUCACUGCAAUUGAGCCGGUCAAUGAGCCUGCAGCGAACCGUAAUGGCGCCGUGAAGAAUCUGAUCCGGCAAUACUACCCCGAAGCUAGAGACUCGAUUCGCGCCGUUGGGGGUGCGAACACCCUCAUGGCAUUCCACGACGGCUUCCUUGGACCCAAGUAUUGGGAGGGCUUCUUUACUCCGAACCAGGCCAAGCGUACCAUUCUAGACGUGCAUGACUACUUUGUGUACGGAGAUGCUCAGAAGAACAAGAAGGAUAUCGCCAGGAUCCGCGAUGUUUGCGCGCUCGAGGGUCAAAUCACCAGGUCUCAAGGCUUCUACCCCACCGUGGUCGGAGAGAUGGCAUUCAAUGGUCCUAGUGGAGACCGUGCAAGCGACCGUAACCUUCCAGUGGGACCCGUCAAGUUCCCAUCCGGUCCCAACUAUCCAUACAGCGUGAGGUACAUGGCGUUCAUGGCUCGCAACUCUGCCACGCAACGCUACGUGUUCGAGAAGGGAUCCGGCUGGAUCGCAUGGUCUUGGAGAAACGAUGGAUCGCUCGAUUGGUCGUACAAGACCGGUCUGCAGUACGGCUGGAACCCCAGGGACCUGAAUGCCAAGCCAUACGGCAACGACCUUUGCAACGGCUACCGUUGA